AAUAUUAAUUACAUUGAAAUGUUGCUCAAGUAGAAUUGUUGUAAGAAGUAUAAAAUUAAGUAUUGUAAGAAAUAACAAAGAUACAGUACAACUGGAAAACUGUGGAGCUUUAUUUCGUCAUUGUGAUAAUAUAUCUGAACAUAUAUUUAAUGAAGUUUUAUUUGUUCACCAGUUCAUAUCAGGGGCGAAAGGCUGUAUACAAUAAAGUAGAGAUGGACACAAAGGAGCAAUACAGUAAUUAUCUGAUAGCAAGUGUAGUAGAAAGAAAUAUUCCACACUCAAUGACAGACGAGAAAAGGAACCGAGUUGUUAAAAUAAUGACAAGGACAACAAAGAAAUUGCUAGCUGGAGAGCUGAUCCGUAUACAAGAGUACACAGAUAUGUGUGUGAAAUCGGUCGAAAGAGCAAAAGCAGAAGAUCAUUAUCAACAAAUUGGCCAUAAUUUGGAAUACAUGGAAGAUAACCUGAUGGAGUUAUUUAGGGAGAAACAUCCCCUCGUAAAUCCACUUUUUGCAGAAAACCCCCAGCCGAAUUGCAACCACCAACAGGCAUUAGACGGAUGCCGCAACGUCUUUGUGAGUGACCUGGACUUAAAAUCCACGCGUUUUCUAGACCUUCUUCAUCAAGAUGAUGUUAUGUCUAUCGCCAGCAUGGAGAGCAUCCAAGUACGACCAACAUCCAGGGCACGCAAUGAGGAAUUUAUGCACGUUCUGAAAACAUGCACUUCAGAACAAAUUAAUAAUGUUAUAAUUCCAGCACUUCAAAAGACACACCCACAUCUUGCUGAGAAGUUAAAAGCUGAGAUGGCAAAGCCUUGUCAAACUGUUCCCAGCAAAUGUCUCGCCUGCCGAAUAAGAGAGGAAGUUCAGGUUAAACGCCUGGCUGACUUCCUGCUGAAACAAAGCAUGAUCUGUUUGACAUCACAUUCUGACUACAAGAACCCAUCAAUGACAAACACUGUCAAAUGGAUUGCUCUACUAAAAGAAGUCAAUACGGCAGGAAUUAUUAAAGCCCUUCAAAACAAAUAUCCAGAUUUACAUGCUGAGUGUCAAAUCAAGAAACUGAAAACUUUAGAGUGCAUUUGUGCUAUGGGAGAUGAAGAAGAAGAAAUGGAUGUGGCGAGACUAUCGGAUUUGGAAUCAAUAUCAUCUGGAUAUGACGACAGCUAUGAACAUGAUAGCGAUUUAACAGACAUGUGUUCACCAAAAGGUAUGCUGUCACCAACAGAAGAUACGGACUAUGGAAAGCAUCCAGUUUGUUCAGAAUUGUUUCGUAAACCUGUACAGAAGUUAUUGUCUUCUGAAGAAAAAUGCAGACUUCUUACACAGUCUUCAUCUUUAAAGACCGUCUUGUCUUCUAAAGAAAAAUACAAAGAUCCGGACAAGACACAACGUUCAGUUGAUUCUGAAUUGCGCAGUAAACGUCUAGUGCAAGUGUCAUCUGCUGAAACAAAAAACAGUACGCUUUUAUCAACAGAAGACACGGACUAUGGAAAGCAUCCAGUUUAUUCAAAAUUGUUUCGUAAACCUGAACAGAAUUUAUUGUCUUUUGAAGAAAAAUGCAAAGAUCCGGACAAGACACAACGUUCAGUUGAUUCUGAAUUGCACAGUAAACCUCUACUGAAAGUGUUGUUUCCUGAAAGUACAAACAAGACAGCCUGUUCAGAGACGCAUAUUUUGCUCAAAUAUUCUGUCGGUCAGUCUGCACUUGGAGACCAGAGUCUGAGGGCAACUGACAGUUUGCAGGACUGUGUCACGAGAGGCCACACAUAA